GGUGCUUUCUUCCAAACACACGCAACUUGCUCGUGUGCAACACAAUACGUAUCUCGAGACUUCAAACUGAAAGAAAGAAAGAUAUCACAUCAAUUCCCUCAUCUCUAAAGAUCAAAAGAUAGACAAAUAAUAUCUGCAUGCACCGCGAAUGAGAGUGUUGUGGCAACUCGGAUCAAGUCUUUCCCCGAUAUUUGCCUACCCCUCCACAGGUCAAACUAUCUCCUACGCAACCAAGUGUCUCAAAUUUUUGGAAUUCUUUAUUCGACUUUUUAAUUUUUGACUUCUUAACUCAACCUCGCCCUCCUCCCAUCAACUUCCUGCAAAGAUGUCAUCCAGACUUCCCAGCGGCGGCGCACCUCGUCUUUCCACUGCACCCAGUAGUAGUACCAAACCUCGACAACUGUCUCAUCUACACGCACAACUUGCACAGCUAUCUGCCAACCUUGGAGAUCUUGAGAAUCUUCUACGAAAUACUAGUAUACAAGCUGAGUCUAUUCGAGGCUUGGGUGCUUUUCAUGGAGGAUUAUUCAUGGCUGCGAGCAAAGUUCUAGGAGAAGAGACAAUCGCGGGGAGUGCACAGCAACAACAACAGCAGGGACAGGGGCAAACAAAAGGACACGGCAAUCGGGCAUCAGAACGUAAGGACGAUUCCGACUCCGAUUUUUGAACGUACGUUUUGGCUACGAAUAGUCUAGGAGACAGGAGGCAUGUGGAUUCGGGUAUGAGAGCAAAACAUUGAAACCUACACGCACAGUAGGAUAUCAAACGGCUAGUUCCGGCAUGGGCAAAAGAUUGCCGUCCCAGUUAAGACUGCGAUUGCCAAUAGGGCUCUCGGCAUGCACAUCUAUCUCUUCACGGCUUUAUGAAGCUCUAGACCACGAUCUUUCGCGAAGAACCGAGAUAACCCCCCCCCUUCCUCUAUCUGCGAAGCUAUCAGUUCUGAGGGUUUUCUCUCACUUGCGUCGACCAAGGAACAUAAAAAACAGAGGCAGAAGACGAAUCUCACCCCAGUGGGCUUGAACCACUACCGACCUUUGUAUUAGAGAAACGCUCGAGAAGAUUUUAGAACGAAUACAUAGUUUAUCGAUCUUGACGAGUAAACUAUUUUCAAUGGGGAGGAUAAAAUCUGAAUCUUGAAAAACAAAGCUGCCCCUUCCCUACUUCCAUUUCCCUACCCAUUCAUUGUCUUUGCUCAUACAAUCGAUGGCUCAGCAAACUCCUUGACUUAAUUAAUGACCAUCUCAAAAAGCUGGCCUGUUCGAUCACGAACGAAGUUGCCAAUCGUCAGACAUCGGUGCAAAAAACAAAAGAGAAACUCCCUCGCGUGGGGUCGAACCACGAACCUCUCGAUUUAUCUGUAUGAAUGAAUUGCUUCACUUAACAGUCGAACGCGCUAGCCAAUUGCGCCACGAGGGAUGUUUGAUGUUGACCGAGUCGCAUAUUUUGUUAUAUAAAUGCAAACUUUCAAAGACCCACAUCAAUCCAUCAGAUGGUGGGGGACGACAUGCACUGAAGACCGACAAUCCACAGUUAUUCAUGUUUGAUAUGGCAACCGGUCUCCGAAUUAUGUCUGAAUAGGACAUCAAGAUUCGUGGCAAGAACAUGUGUUGCCGUACAAAGAUCAUAUGGGGUUGGCAUAAUAUAUGUACAAUGUUGCCGCUUUCAUAUUGGGGGAUGAAGAAACUAUCACUAAGUAUUUGCUGCCAUAUAUCGACGACCUCUACUGGUUACGAGGUCUUUUUUGCAGAGAUUUCGUUCACUCUCGCCUUGUCUUCAAUAUUCAGGGGUCGAAAGUGUGUUGAUAGAGAGUAGCUCUAAAAGAACCGUCUAUGGUGCUGUGGGUAAUUGGGAUCCGGUUCGUAGUCAAGAGCUUCGUGCUCACCUCGAGGUUGGAAUCAAGAUUUGUGGUAUGCUGCUGUAAAUAUUGUCAAGGUACAAUUAUACUUAUUUCCUACUGGCAGCAUCAUGUCUUGUAAUGCAAACGGCAAAAAGGAUGACAAGGAAGUUGUGUCAUUUUAAUAAAAUCAAUUUUAACUUUUCACAUACAAUGUAUGUAGACAGCAAGGUUUAACUUUGGGAAACGGCCAUUUGGAAGAUUUGUCCUCACAAUACUUCCUUAUGUGGCAUUUUCUCCAAUGAACCAUAUCCAUUGCUUUCACAUAUAUUCUUUGCCGGGCAUGAAGUGAAGAGAUGUGUUGGACAACCGUAGUAAAAAUGCAAUAAAACUACGAUUCAAUCAUUACCUCGCUAUAACCAAUGAUGAGAAUAGUAGCCUCCUUAGCCCAGGGCAUACCAAAUGAGGGCCACACAUUAGGACUACCUGACUAUAUCCGCCAGAUCAGUGAAACAAUAAAUAGAGAGAGAUCAAGCCA